AUGGCUGAAGAGUACAAAGGACAUCCGUCGCUGGAGAAGUAUGUGAGCCUUUUGGCGCAAAGAGAAACAGGAAUAGUGGCUCUGGAAGUGUUGGUUUGUGUAGUACUUCUCCUGGCAGCCCUGCUAGGAAAUUCAUUGGUGCUUUGGAUGGUCUGCAAAAACAAAAACCUACGAACCAUUCCCAAUCAUUUUAUUAUCUCGCUGGCGUUAAGUGACAUCGCGAUGGCUACGAUCUGCCAGCCGCCAUGCCUUACAGUUCUCAUAGUUGGAAAACGCACCUAUGGAAAUUUCGUGUGCCAAAUGCAAGGGUAUGUGGUCGCGACGUUGGCUUGCGUCUCGCUAUUAACUUUAACUCUGGUCGCUGUAAACCGGUACUUUUUGAUCGUGCGCCCCAAGAACUAUCAGAACAUUUUCACGACCGGCCGAACACGGCUUAUGAUCUUGGCCAUUUGGGUUCUCUCUUUGCUUGAGCCACUUCCUUAUCUGCUGUCAGGUCACAACUACGUUUACCACGCAGGGAAGUUCUUCUGCUUUCAAGUCGUUGAGGUUGACUUUUUUACGCUGUUGGGUUACAUCUUCGUUGUGAUUCCCAUGUUCGUACUUACACUCUGCUAUUACAAAGUUUUCAAAACGCUAAAAGAGCACAAAAAGCGCUUACAGAGCAUGCGGGGUCGAAACGACCAGCCGUCCACAGUAAAGAUAACUGUCGAGGACAUCAAAGUGACCAAGACCCUUUUCAUAACUGUGUGUGGUUUUGUCAUUUGCUGGACACCGAUUUCCAUCGUAGAUUUCAUAGGGUUCGCUCAAGGAAGUUGGAACCUUCCUCGCGAAGCCUACGUUAUGUACACAUUUUUGGGGCAACUAAGUACCGUGAUUAACCCCGUCAUAUAUGGCGUCAUGAACAAAACUUUCAGAGAAGAGUACAAGAAGCUUUUCAAAUGGCACGGUAACGCAGAAAUUACGCAGGAUUCCGAGAACACGCCACAGACGCAAGAUAGUAAGUGUUCAGUUAUUUAG